AUGGAAAACCGGACGGACGAGUAUUACAAUGGCGCCCAUUUUGCACCACUCAGAUCGGGAGCUCAAACUGGCGUGGAGAUGCUGGGCGCGGGGCUGACGGGCGAGGACCUGGCGAUGGUGCCCGAACACUGGUUCGCGUUCCCCGCGCCGCCGGCCAGCGCGCACACCGCCUUGGCUCUACUCUACAUAUUUUUCACAGCCGCUGCGUUGUUAGGAAAUGGACUUGUCAUUUUCAUAUUUUCAACGACAAAAAGUUUGAGGACAUCAAGCAAUCUUCUGAUUUUACAAUUAGCAAUUCUGGAUUUCAUAAUGAUGGCAAAGGCACCGAUUUUUAUUUACAAUAGUGCGAUGCGUGGUUUUGCAACGGGAGCGCUGGGCUGUCAGAUAUUCGCUCUGAUGGGGGCCUACAGCGGCAUCGGUGCAGGCAUGACAAAUGCUUGCAUCGCCUACGACAGGCAUUCUACUAUCACACGACCUUUAGACGGAAGGCUUUCUAAAGGGAAAGCACUGCUAAUGAUCGCUGUGGUCUGGAUUUAUGCGACUCCGUGGGCUCUACUGCCCCUUUUCAAAAUUUGGGGCAGAUUCGUACCGGAGGGUUACUUGACGUCCUGCACUUUCGACUACCUCACUAACACGUUUGACACGAAAUUAUUCGUCGCUUGCAUCUUCGCAUGCAGUUACGUGCUACCAAUGUCCCUCAUCAUCUAUUUCUAUAGUGGCAUCGUCAAACAAGUGUUCGCUCAUGAAGCUGCUUUAAGGGAGCAAGCUAAAAAGAUGAACGUCGAGUCUCUCAGGUCGAACCAAAACGCUAACGCUCAGUCGGCUGAGAUCAGAAUCGCAAAGGCUGCACUCACAGUGUGCUUCCUUUUCGUCGCCUCCUGGACUCCAUACGGUGUGAUGGCACUCAUUGGAGCUUUUGGAAACCAACAAUUACUUACUCCCGGGGUUACAAUGAUUCCUGCUGUGGCUUGCAAGGCUGUUGCUUGUAUAGACCCGUGGGUUUAUGCUAUUAGUCAUCCAAAAUACAGACAAGAGCUGCAGCGUCGUAUGCCAUGGCUGCAAAUCGACGAGCCGGAUGACACCGCUUCUACCGCCACCAGCAAUACAGUCAGCGCUCCACCGCCCGCCUCUGCGUAGUCGAAUAACGUCAUUAAAAACACUUUGUAAACUACUGAUGAGUAUCCGGAAAAUAUUGCACUUGGCACCCAAUAUAUCGCCGCCAGAUGCCUUAUUAAAACGGAUAUUUAGCAUUUUAGAUACUUUAUUCCGACCGCAUUGGAAACCCAAAGCUUUUUACUUAUUUGAAAAAAUAUUUUAGUCUACAAUACAUCGAAAUGUUUAAGUAGAAACCGAUACUUAUUAACUUGAUAAAAUUUUCCUAAUAAUUAAUUUUAUUCGAGAGAUGUAUAUAAGUAUUUAAUAAACAUACGAGUACUACAAUUUACUAGAAUAAAAUAUGAAAAAGCUUGCUGAUGCGGUCCGGACAAAGAUUAACCGUAGUUUAUGUUAUAUUAAACAUAUUUUAUACAAGCUCAAAAUGAGAUUUCAAUGUUUACAAUAUCAUUGACGACAAAGGCAUUGUACAUGGACUUCGAUCAUACAUUAUUCAAUUUGUAUAUUUAUUAAAUUAUCGUUAUGA